UUCUAGCAAUCAAGAGCUUGCCAGUUAUGGAAGAAGUGCCAACCCAAAUAUACAUGCACUAGAUUAUGGUCUUUAAUGAGCCAAUGAAGAUUCAGGACCUCUAUAUAAAACUACUGUGCUUGUGUUUGAACUCUUCUUCUGCAGUUUCAAUUCCCAGUUUGAGAGUGAAAAAGAAAUAGAAUUUUGAAUAGAAAUGGCUCAGGCACCUUCAGCUUCUACCGUUCUCUGCUCAAUUUGCUGGGAUGAGGCAUCUGAGACCUGUGGUCGCUCCAUUGUCAGGCUCCAGUGCUCUCACUUGUUCCACCUCGAUUGCAUUGGUUCUGCAUUUAAUGUAUCGGGGAUCAUGCAAUGCCCUAAUUGUCGAGAAAUUGAAAAUGGUGUAUGGCGGCGUUUUGAGAAUACGAACAAUGAACAAGACAUGGAUCAGGAGGCUGACGAGGAUCAGCAACAUGUUGUCCAAACGCAAUAUCUUGGAGAUCGCUGGUGCCCCAUUCAUGGACGGAUUGCAGAGCCACCAGUUGUGGAGAGUGCUGAUUUGGAUAUAGCUGAAAUUGAAAUACCAGCCAUUUUCCCAGGUGAUCAUCACCAUCAUGGACCACCCGUGAUCACUGAGAUAUCUACUUCCCAAAUUUUCAUUCAUCGUACCAAUCAGGUGCCUCCUGCUACAAUUGCUCCUACAUGCAACCAUGUUAUUGGUGUCAAUCGGACUUUUGUUUCAUCUGGAAUCCAGGGAGCUCCUCAGGGUUAUUCUGGUGCCGGUCUGCCAAAUGUGGGGUUGGGUGCUUAUGAUGUUAUUCUUGAGCAAGGGAGGCAACCCAACGUUUUUCAUGGCUGGCUUCCUGAAGCACAGAUACCAUUACCACACCAACAUGCUAUCUAUCAGAACUACCCAGAGCCACCGUUUCUUGUUCAUCACCAUGUCGAGGAACAAGUUCAUGCUCCACCUUACGAGUAUUUUCCAGAAGAUAUGGAUUUUUACUGAGCACCACAAGAGUAAGUGCCUGGCAUGGCACCAAAUGAAGCUGGCUGAACAUUCUGUGACAUUAUCAGGCAUCUAAGAUGUCACAGAAAAUAAAACUCUUUCUCUUCCAAAAACUGUAACUGCAGGUAGAAUGUUUUGAAUAAUUAUUAAAACUGUUACAACUGCUAGUUUGCUUAUGAUGUUUUAGCCCUGUAACUUUUUUUGCCACAGAAUACUGUAGACUACCUCUUUUGGGAUUUGUUUGGUUUA